ACUAAAACAAUGUUACAGUUAGGCUCAUCGAGAAAAGUAUCUUUGAAUAGAAAAAUUGGUUGUUUCGAGUAAUUAAUAACACGGUAGUGUUAUUUUAUUUUAUACAAAAUUUAAGUAUAAAGGUGAGCUUACGCUGUUUGCCAGAAACUGAAGGAGUUUAAGAGGAGAUUGGAUAUAACUUGGAUGGCCGUAUUUAGAGUGACAAGCUGAUGUGGAAGAUAAAGCAGUUAUUCAUCAUUUUGUGUUUGGUUGUUUGUGCUGUAUUGUAUUGUCAUUUUGUAAUAAAGGUCUUUCAUCAAGAUGAAACAAUAAAAAAACUAGCUGCUACUGUUAAUGAAAUCAAAGUAAAAGACUUUGAUUACCACAACAGAAAUGAUAUACUUGCUGAUUUUGUUAAUGCUGAUGAAGGUUCUAAAGAUUCAUUUGAUGAUGUGCUUGUUAUUUAUAACCGAGUCCCUAAAACUGCAAGUACAAGUCUGAUGGGGGUGGCUUAUGAUCUGUGUAAACGAAACAAGUUCCAUGUUCUGCACAUUAAUACCUCCAGGAAUAUGCAUGUAAUGUCACUGUCUGAUCAGAGAAGGUUUAUAGAGAAUGUAACAACGUGGCAGGAUAAGAAACCUGCACUUUACCAUGGACAUAUUGCUUUCUUGAACUUUCAAAGGUAUGGAUUCUCACAGAAACCCAUCUAUAUCAACCUGAUACGGAAACCUCUUGAUAGACUGGUCUCCUAUUAUUAUUUUCUUCGAUAUGGUGAUGAUUUUCGCCCUUAUUUAGUUCGUAAAAGAAAAGGAAAUACUGUGACAUUUGAUGAAUGUGUAGAACUACAAGAGAAUGACUGUGAUCCUGAAAACAUGUGGCUUCAGAUACCAUUUUUCUGUGGGCACCAUGUGGAUUGCUGGGAACCUGGAAAUGAAUGGGCUCUGACACAGGCAAAACAGAACCUAGUAGAACAUUAUUUGGUGGUUGGAGUAACUGAAGAACUUGAAGAUUUUGUGGCAAUGUUGGAAGCUGUUUUGCCUAGAUUAUUUCGUGGUGCCACAAGGCGUUUCCUUGAAGGUAAAAAAUCACACCUUCGAAAAACCUACAACAAGAUUGAUCCUUCUCAAGAAACUGUUCAAAAGAUUAGGAAUUCUAAAAUAUGGAGAAUGGAAAAUGAGUUUUAUGAGUUCGCUUUGAAACAGUUUCAUGCUAUGAAGAAAAGAACAUUAAUUGAAAAGAAUGGCAUUCUUGAAGAUGGAGGACAGAGAUUUUUCUUUGAAAAGAUUCGUCCAAGGUGAAGUACUUUACAGAGGACGACAUAACCGUUUCAUCUGAGAAUUUUGAAGAGUUAAAAGAAAAUAGCUUGUAUUCAAUAUUAACAUACAUAUAUGAAUGGAUAAAUAACAUACACACACAUGCAUGCUUUUAUUUGAUGUAGACUUGUGGAAACCAUAGAAUGGUAGAAGUCAACUGCAUAUUUUUCUAUUUAUUUGUAAAAAGUUUUGUGAAAACUCCCAGCAUAAAAGAUUGUAAUCUGAUGCAGUAGUAUUCUAAAAACAAAAUUGUUGAACCAUGUGACAUCUAAAUCUAACCUGCAACUUAUGAAAUACGAGUGUUUAUAUUGUACUCAAUUUCAACUGUUCUGGAAUUCAAUCUUCAUUUAUAUAUUCUUUAAAACUUUCAAAGGCUUUGUCUGUCAAUUAAUAUAUUUAGGAAGGUCAACAUAACAACAAUAGCUAUUAGUUAAUCUCGUUUGAUGAUGACUUCAAGGAAAUGUCUCAUUUUUUGAGUCGGUAAGCUAACAUGGACAUAAAAGAAAAUGGAAGACAGCUGGUAUUAAAUGUGGACCACGGAGGAAAAAGUGUGUAUAUUUUUGUGACAAAUAUUUCCUCGCAAAGUUUGACCUUUGAAGGAUCUUUUUGAAGGGGAAACUGUAAGGUUUUAAAACAUAUUUAUAAUAUUGUAUUCAUCACAGUUUACUUAUGUCAUUAUAACCUAUAUUACUGUUGUAGUUGUUUAUAAAUUAUAAUACCACUAACUAUACAAAAAAAAGUAUCUUUCCAAUUCCUUGUAAUUUGAUGUGUUUUCUGCAUUAAAUUGUGUCUUUGAAGUAAAUUGUAUAAACUCAGUUUAAAAUCCUUUGAAAUUUUAUAACAUAUAUCAACUUUAACAGCAUUUCAGUCUGUCUUAAAUAAUUAGUGUUUUUACGAACAUAAAAAGAACUCAUUAAUUUGUUUUAUGGAACUGUGUUUUACUCUCUAUUAGAUAUUAUUACAUAAUGGCAUUAUCAUUAACUCAUCUGCAUUAAUAACCCAAUUCAAUGAUAUUGAAGAGAACUUCCUGUACUAUGAUAGUAACUUAAUUACUGCUUUAUAUUCAUAAUUAAUUUUUUGCAAUUAGAACGUACAUAAAGCGUGCAUAUUAAACAAUGUGCUUUCAAAGUAUAAAGUUUCUUUGUAUGAUCUGCCUCAAUAGAAUGUCACUGUAAGUUAUUAGUCUUUUUAAAAACCUUUUGGAAAUGUAUUUUAUACUGUACAUAGAAUUAAGAUGACAACUAAAAAUGUGUAUUCACCAUAAUUAUUAUGACAAUAACCACUGUAAGAUGUGAUGGUUGUGUUAUUUUUCUAUUAUACUGUUACAGUUUGAUAAGUUAGACCAUUUUUUGAAUUAGUACUUCAUAUCUGUUUUAGUGUAAUGUAAAUAAUCUGCACUUUUAUUUGUGAAACAUUAGCUAUGAAUCAUAAUUUUAUUUUUAUGUAUUUCCUUCAUUAGUUAGUUUCAUCUUAUAAAUACUGGUCUGUGGAUGCUUUUUGAAGCUAUGUAUUUUGUGAAGAGUGAAUUCUUUGUUUCUGUUUUUGGGUCAUUUGUUCUGUUGCUAAUGUAUGGAAGCACAUUUUGCAUGCAUAACUAUGUGCAAUGUUAGGUUUAAAAUAUCAUGGUUACAUAGAUAAAGCUCAGAGGCAGGUAGUUACUAGAUUACAGCAGCUUUAAGUUUAUGUUGGUACUUUUAAAUGUUUCAUAUUUAUAUUAUGUUAGCAACCACGAAUAUUCAUAUAUUUUAAUGGUCUAUAUAGGUAAUCUGUUCCAAAUUUUCUUGUUUUUGACAGAACUUAUUAAAAUUAUAGUCAAACUUACUUUUAAAAAUGUUUAACAUGCCAUACACCAGAUCAGAGCACAUUUUUUAACAGCCAGUAUAGUUUAUAACUUUUCCAUAGAAAACUACACACUCAGCUUUAAUGAAAUAAAUGACAGUAUUAUCAUAGAGUUAUCAUGUUUUUAGAUUUUUAAUGUAAUACCUUUGUGUCAGUUCGUUCUUAAAAACUUCAUUACAAGUUAUAAAUGUUACCUCCCAUUUCUGAAGUUUAUACGUGUAGUUUUAUAUUAGUCCUGUUACAAUCACUCCUGGAUCUUAUUUUUUGUAAUCAAAAUUAUCAAUUUUUAAUGCAUUUGAAUCUCACCCAAGUUCAGGUUAAACAGGCAUUAAAUUAACUUUAAUAAAGUUGUUUAUUUACAGUGACAUAAUAUUAAUACUAAGAAAGACAGUGAAAUGAAAAUCAUAAUAGGAACAAUUUUUACUUAAUGAAUAAUGUUAAAUUUACAUAAUAUAUUGAUUUCAUAUUGUUCUAAUCUGUUUAAGGUAAGAUUACCAUAACCAGUUAAGAAAUUUCUUAUUGUCAUGAAAUUUUCUUGCAUUUGUCUGUUUUUUAAUUCUUUGCACUUCUCCAUUUAUUUGAUUUUUAUACACUAUAUUUUACUUUGACACAAAAAUAGUUUCGGUUUGGUUUAAAAUUGACAUUCUGUUGUAUUUAGGUUCAUUUGGAGUGAUUAUAUGCAAACUUUCAGAAAAAUGUGUUCUGUAAUUUAGUAUAUUUUAACAAAUUUGCUUGGUAGUAAAUUUAGAAUAAUAACGUCUAGAAAAGUAUGGCAGGUGCUACAUUUUUUAAAUUGUGAAUUUAUCCUUUUACACUAAAGUAUUAUUUUGUUGUAACAAUUGGUCUUGGUGUACUUUCUGAAUAAAAAAUGUUUUUCAUUAUGAUCUUUAUUAACUACUGCUUAAUUCAAACAAUGCCAAACUAUUCUAGGAGAUUGCUUGAUAUUAAUUAAUACAGCUAGAGACUUCAGGCCCUUGUUAUAAACCUUAGAAAUCACACAUUAUUAUUUUGGUCCUGUUCAUAAUCCAGUGUUACUUGGUUAUUGUUAUGAUGAGUUGAAUGUUAAGUUGGGUACAUAAUCACUAGUUGACUGACUAUUAA